AUGCUCUCACGUGUUGCGGCUGUGAAGGCACCCCGCACACACAACCGUCGCCGCGUGACCGGCUCCAGCGGAAGGAGGAGGGAAAGAAGAGCGAGUGAGCGGCAGAGGCCCAGCAUGUCCCGGCAUCUCUUUUAUUCUGCUGCGCUGCUCCUCGUCGUGAUGAUGUGCUGCAGCACCUGUGGAGCUACGCCUGCAAGGGAGAAUGAUGGCAACAGUGAUUUAAGAAGUGUUCAGGAGCUGCAAUGGAUCGAUCUAUUUGUGCCGAAUAAGACGCAGGUGCUGCCGAAAGGUGGAGGUACUCCAGGGACGAAGCGGGAUGGAUUUGUUUCACCAUCUCUUGUCAGUGCUGGUGGAGUAAUUGCUGCUUUUGCCAGAGGCAAAAUAAAUGCCCAAUAUGCCGCUGAUGGUAAAGUAAUUAAGCCAAUUUCUUCUGAUGUUGUUGCGGGGUACAUUGACUCUUUGUGGGAUUGGUCCACUCUUGUUGAAAAGGUGAGUGAAAGUACAUGGAGGGCACACAACGUGCUUGGUACAACGGAUGGAGCGGAUAAUCGUGUGGGCGAUGUGUUCAACCCCACAAUCACCACGAAGGACAAUAAGGUGUUUCUUCUUGCGACAAGCUAUGACAUGCUCAAUGAAAGUGGUGGGAUUUGGAAACGGGACAGCCCGGAUCUGAAACUGGUUGUGGGUGAUGUCACGAAGCCUACGGACAGCGAGCAGAGUGGAUGGAUCACGUGGGGCUCACCCACAUCGUUAAGCCAGACUACUUUAAAGACACCCAAAGCUGGAUUGAAGGAUUUUGCUUCUUCUGGUGGCUCAGGUUUUCUGAUGGAGGGUGGCACGCUUGUGUUUCCUCUGAUGGCGAGGAAUGAAGCAGAAGACAUUUACUCCAUGAUCAUUUAUUCGACGGACAGCGGCGCAAACUGGAUGCUUUCGAAUGGAACGUCUCCUGCGAAAUGCUCCCGCCCCCGCGUCACCGAAUGGGAGGGAUCACUUCUCAUGAUUGUUGAUUGCGAGGACGGCCAGAGGGUGUACGAGUCGCGUGACGUGGGGGCAACGUGGACGGGGACCAUCGGGACACUCCCAGGCGUGUGGACCAAGUCAAAACCGACAGCCAUUUUGGAUCUGAGCUUUUAUGUGGAGGCCCUCAUCACCGCGAGCAUUGAGGGAAGGAAGGUCAUGCUGUACAUUCAGAGAGGGUACGCGUCGGGGGGUGAAGCGGAAAGAGCGCUCUAUCUUUGGGUCACGGACAACAACCGUUCUUUUUAUUUUGGACCUGUUGCCGUGGAGGAGGUUGAGAAGUGGGAGUUCGUCAGCAGCCUGCUGUACUCGGAUGGAAAUUUGCAUCUUUUACAACGGAGGGGCGAUUAUGAAAGCAGUGUCAUGUCGCUUUCCCGCCUGACGGAGGAACUGAGUACAAUCAAGUCCGUCCUCAGCAAUUGGGCAAAAAAGGACGCCUUCUUCUCCGGGUUGUCUAUAUCCACGGCGGGUCUGGUGGCAGUUUUGUCCGAUGCGGCUAGCGGUGACACGUGGAUCGACGAUUACCUUUGCCUGAAUGCGACGGUGACGAAAGGAAGGAAGGUCAAGGAUGGAUUUCAAUUGACGGAGCCUGACUCCGGGGUAAUGUGGCCUGUGAACAUUCCGGAUGAUAAAGUGCGUCAUGUGUUUUUGAGCCACAACUUCACACUUGUGGCGUCGGUGACCAUCGAAGAGACUCCGAGUAAUAACACUCCUCUACUGGGUGCGACGUUGGGGGACACUAAUUCCCCGCUUACCAUGGGAAUCUUGUAUACGGCGGAUAAGACGUGGGUGACGAUGUUCAACGACAAGACAACAGAGAGCGGCCGUUGGGAGCCGAAGAAAGAAUACCAAGUGGCACUCAUGCUGCAAGGCAAAAAGGCCUCUGUGUACAUUGAUGGCAAGUUGCUGGGGGAAGAGGUAACGCUGUUAACGGGUGAGACACCACUUGAGCUCGCAGGCUUUUGCUUUGGCGCGUGCGAAAUGCACAACUCUCCUAUGACGGUGAAGAACGUCUUCUUGUACAACCGCCCACUGGGUGUUGAUGAACUAAGAAUGAUCAAGAAAAGUGACGGCUCCAUGCAUGGGGGCGUGUCGCGGGCGCUGCUUCUGCUGAUGCUGCUGGGGAUGUGGGGCAUUGCGGCCCUUUACUGA